AUGGGUCUUCCCCCGCAGCCAAUCAUCAACCCGGCUGAUCGCGCGCCUGCCAAGUACCAUGCUUCCGAUGACAAGGUACCCAAGGCAUUCCGUCAUCAAAACAGGUGGAGGGCAGGUAAAGCUCCUGAGGUCAAAGACAACGACGAUGAUCAGUUGAACUUGGACGAGAAGCCGAAAGAGGAAGAAGAAGCGAAGAAUGUACAACCAGACCUCACCGACCGUCGACUCCGUCGUUUGGCAGAAGGAAGAAAAGAAGGAGUGAUUGGAUCAAGGCAGAGAGAAGUGGUUGAGGCAGAGGUUAUCGUUGGCGAUGAGAGCGCCGAGGCUAAGGAUGAACCUGUUUCGUUCUGA